CACUCUUUGAAUCAUCAGAGAACUCGUAUUUAUACUAUGACAUGAUCAGCUGUUUUACUUUGGACCACAAUAGAAGAGAGCAUUGCUAUUAGAGCAUGCAUUUUAAUGUUAUUUGUGCAAGCACUGACAUUAUCUCUAACAAACAGCAGCUUGUACAGAGGUUUUUUAGUGAGAAGUAAACCAAUGCUGCUCUUCAGAAAUCCUCAGCUGUAUCUGGAACCUGCCUCCCUGCUCCUCCAUCCUUGUUUACACCGUUUCAACAUCUCCCCAGGUUCUCCCUCUCUCUGACUCCGAUGGAUCCAUCCUCCUCCUCGGUCUCUCCGGUCUCUCCCUGUGCAGCUUAAUUGAUCUGGCUGCCUUCAGCUCGGCCGGCUGAUUAAUUGCAUUCUCUGCCGGUGUUUCAGGUUUGAGAUGAAGCGGAGCGAGGAGGGUGAGUGAGGGCGUUCUGAUGAAGAAGAGUCUGAAAACAGAGCGCAGACAGAGAAUGAAGAAAGUAAGUGCAGCAAAUGGAGUUCAGGAACUCCAUUAUGAGUGUGAUUACAGCCCGGUAUGAUAAAACGUCUCAGAAGGGAACCGGCAGUGACGGGCAGAUCGGGAACUUUUACAACUUUUUUUAAGUGUUGAUGUCGUUUAGCGCUAAGGAGAGCUGUGAGACGUUAAAAAAAACCAGACCAGAGAAUUAAAAUGAUUGAUUUGUCCCACAAACAAACACGCUCACAUGAAAACAUCUGAUAUGUUUAAAAUGCAGGCACUCAAACACAUUUUGAACAAGCCAGGAGACAGCAAAUAUGCUCGUUUACAAUAUUCCUGUCACAUUUUCCAAAACCAAGAGGAGCUGUCGAAUGACAUUUAAGCUCUGGAGGAGUGGAAAAGAACAACUACAGAGAAACACAUGCUACCAUUUCAGUUGGAACUUUCUGUGAAAACUGCAGACUAACCUUGAGCACUAAAUGGGUUUUGAGAGAGCUAUCAUGUAUUUAAUACUUCUGAAGUUAGUUUACCAGAGUCUGAAAAUAAAUAAAGUAUUAUCUUUUGCUUAACCAAUCAGAUCACUGAACCCAAGUAGGAACCAUAGAUGUAGAAUCAUGUUCUACAAACAUCUUAUUGGACUCAAACAGAACAGCUCAAACGGCCAAGCUUGAAUCAGAAAUUGGGAAAGCACACAAAUAGCUUUAUUUACCAGAAAACUCUUGAAGACACGUCCACCUUAAGUUCCAGCAAAUCUGUCUAUUAUUAAUUUAUAAUUGAAAACACCCUGGGCCUGAAAAUAAAGUAAAAAGGGAAAUGAACAGCUGGCUCAGUGAAAUGGCACACACCAGUAAAAAAUAACUAUAUUCAAAAGAAAAGAAAGCAAAAGCGUGGAGCUUUGCAGCCUUUAAAAGAACAUUUAUCACCAGCGGUAAAACAUUCAGUCUUGCAGAGAGUCAACCAUGAGGGGUCUGGUGUUCCUGCUGUUGGUGGCUUUGGCGAGCGUGAAGGUCUUCGAGCGCUGCGAGUUGGCGAAAGAGCUGAGUGACGGGAUGGAUGGACACGGAGGCGCCAGCCUGGCUGACUGGGUUUGUAUUGCUUGGUACGAGUCCAGUUAUAAUACUCAAGCAAUAAACAGCAAGAACAAGAACAAAUCCACCGACUAUGGAAUCUUCCAGAUCAACAACCGCUACUGGUGUAACGAUGGAACGUCCACAAACAAAGCAUGCAGAAUCUAAUGCAGCGAUCUUCUGACUGAUAACAUCACCGCAGCGAUCACCUGUGCCAAACGAGUCAUCGAGGACCCCAAUGGCAUCACAGCCUGGAUGGCUUGUGGAAAGUGUGAGAAUGAGAACCGAACUCAGUACGUGGCAGGAUGUCGUUUUGAUAAUGAAGAAGAAUGAUAUCAGCGAAAUAUCAUUCUCACAUGCAGCACAAUAAAACGCUUCUGUUCUUUCUUUGCCUGAUCUGACAG